AUACAUAAUACAGAGUUUGAGGUUAUGCGGUGCAGUAGAAUUUGUUACUAAUUUGUAUUCCUACAUAAUUUUGUUCUCAUGAUUAGUUGAAAGAAAUAUUAAUUUUCUGCAUCCGCCCUCCAAAGGUUUGAUAAGAAAAAAAAUGUGGGUUCUCCAGAAUUGUAUAGCAACUCUCGCUCGGCUUGGGAAUGUAUCCGCAUGCUAUCAGUGUUGUCGCAGUGGUCUGCAGCUAGGUCCAGCCAGUGUCGCUCUGCAGAGAAUAAACUUCCACACGAGCGAGCAACAGUUGAGACAGUCACUAUUCCCGGAACCGAAAAAGUGGCCUACUUAUAAUGAAAAAGUCUUCCCUCCUCAACAGCCUGAUGAAGAGAGGAGACCUGCUUAUGUUUGCCACAUGAAGCUAAACAUCCAUCACAGCCCGAAGAAGAUGUGGUAUGUGGCAAUAUUAGUAAGGGGGAUGUCAGUUGAUGAAGCAGUAAAACAGCUCAGUUUUGUGCCAAGGAAAGGGGCUGUUCAUGUUAAGGAAACCAUUCUGGAAGCUCAAAGACUAGCUGUUGAAGAGCACAAUGUCGAGUUCAAAAGUAACUUAUGGGUUGCGGAGUCAUUUGUCGGGAAGGGUUUGACUGUGAAAGGACUUCGUCGCCAUGCUAGGAUGAGACCUGGCAGAAUAGACUAUCGCUAUUGCCAUUACUUCGUACGUCUGGAGGAGGGGCCUCCACCCAAGCAGUACUACUGGUCUGAAGAUCGAUCAGGCGAGGGAUUGCUUAAGAAAUGGCUCCAGGAAAAGCGUGAUAGGGCAAUACUUAACACGCUUUAAUGGUAAUAAUAAGUUUGUCCAGGAGUCAUACAUAUACAAGAUGUAUUUUUUAAGUAAAACCCAUUUUGCUAUUAAGAAAUAUAUAUAGUGAAUAUCAUAAACAUACUAGGCUACUUUUCUCCAGUUCUAUAAAAUUUUGAAUUUUGUUCCAACAUUUUUUAUACAGCUCAACGAAUACUACAUUUUUGUAUCAAAGAAAUCUAUAACCCAUGAAAAAAAUUGAUCCAUAACUGCUGUUUUUUCUGGAUCUCACACGGAUCAACAUCACUGUACAAGACAGUAGGCCAUGCACUUGUUUUUAUGGUACACCACAGUUUUUGUCCAGGUCACAUAUUACUCGGAAGCAUUGAUGCUGUGCCUCUCAGCAUAAAAUUCACUAACAAAUUCCAUUUUCCUUCUAAAAGAUAGUUGUCAAUAUAUGAUCGAGCUGAAAUUGUUAGUUUGUCUUUCACUUUGAUUAGAAAUUAUGUAUGUCGCAUUUGUUGAAACUAAGGAACAACUUCCUGACUUAACCAAAUAAAAAAAGACAGAAAUCAA